GUCUUGUUCCACGCACGAGAAAAAAUGAGAAUCAUCACAUGUGCCUUGUUCUUAUUUCUGAUUUCCACCGUCGUCACAGCUCAGAAAAAAGUGUUGGACAUAGCAACUUACGGAGGAAAACCUAACGGAGAUAUAACUCAGGCUUUGACCAAAGUAUGGGGAGAAGCAUGUACAGGCACUGACCCAGUAAGAAUCUACAUAAAAAAUGCAAAGUACAGGAUGGGUGACGUGCAACUUAAAGGUCCAUGCAAGGCUCCAACGAUUGAAAUAUAUAAUGAAGGAACAAUUGAAGCACCAGGAGACAUGACUCUAUUGCAUGGGGCUCCACAGUGGUUCAGAGUUGAAAAUGUGGAUAACUUCACCUUAUCAGGCAGAGGAACGUUUGAUGGCCUUGGUCCUUCUUCCUGGCAUCAUAAUAAUUGUGCCAAAAAUGUACACACCUGCAAAAUGCUUACCAUGAAUUUUGGGUUCAGUUUCCUCAACAAUUCCGUUAUUAGGGAUGUGACGUCCAAAGACAGCAAAAACUUUCAUGUUAACGUUUCGGGAUGCAACAGCAUUGAAUUUAAUAACUUCAAAAUCGAUGCGCCAGAAGACAGUCCCAACACCGACGGAAUCCACAUCGGAAGAUCGGUUGAUGUGAAAAUCCUACACACUAAAAUUGGUACUGGAGAUGAUUGUAUCUCGUUAGGUGAUGGCAGUGUAAAUGUAACCGUGGAGGAUGUCACAUGUGGACCUGGCCAUGGUAUUAGUGUUGGAAGCGUGGGAAAAUUUACAUAUGAAACUCCGAUUGAUAAAUUCACAGUCAAGAACUGCACAAUCUCCAACACAAUGAAUGGUGUCAGGAUCAAGACAUGGCCUGCUGCCCCAGGAACUAUUACAAUCACCAAUAUGCACUUUGAGGAUAUUAUAAUGAAUAAUGUCUCCAACCCUGUCAUCAUAGACCAAGAGUAUUGCCCAUGGAAUCAAUGCAACAAAAAGAUCCCAUCCAAGAUAAAGAUAAGUAAUGUUACAUUCAAGAACAUCAGGGGCACUUCUGGAACAAAAGAAGGAGUGACACUAAUAUGUAGUUCUGGUGUACCCUGUGAGAACGUGGAACUAAGUGACGUCAAACUCACAUUCAACGGAAGUGAAGUAGUGGCCAAAUGUUCUAAUGCCAAACCCAAAGUCACAGGAGUAGCACCUGCUUGUGAAGCAGGAGCAGCUGCUGCUGCUUAAUUAAGUGUCCAAUACUAUAAAAUAGAGGCUUUUCUUUCUUCUUUUCUUUUCGUUUCUUUUGUUUACACUACUAUAAGGUUACAACACUCAUCCCCAUAUAUAAUAAGGGAGGAUGGUUUUAGGGUAGGCUGGGUGAUCAACGGAAAGGUUUA